AUGGAUUUCCUCAAUAAUUCCAAUUUCUCUCUAGGAUACAUCAACGUAACGUCUCCAGCCGUGGACAGCCCUCCUCACUGCAGCACCGUCCUGCCGGUCAUCUUCGGCCUCAUCUUCCUGUUCGGCAUCCUGGGCAACGGCAUCGUCAUCUACACCAUCAUGAAGAAAAAUAAGUGCCGCGCCAAGCAAACCGUCCCGGACGUCUUCAUCCUCAAUUUAUCUAUCGUGGAUGUGCUUUUCCUGCUCGGCAUGCCCUUCCUUAUCCACCAGUUGAUGGGCAACGGGACGUGGCGCUUCGGAGCCGCCAUGUGCACGGUCAUCACGGCGCUGGACUCCAACAGUCAGAUCGUCAGCACGUACAUUCUGACGGCCAUGACGCUGGACCGCUACGUGGCCACGGUGCACCCCAUCCGCUUCAAUUACAUCCGCACGCCGUGCGCGGCCUCCCUCGUCAUCGCCGUCGUCUGGGCUCUGUCGCUGAUCACCAUCAUCCCCGUGUGGAUGUACGCCGGCCUCAUGCCCCUACCCGGCGGACUGGUGGCCUGCGCCUUGCUCCUGCCCGACCCCGUCACCAACACCUACUGGUUCACGCUGUACCAGUUCUUCCUGGCCUUCGCCAUCCCUCUCGCCAUCAUCUGUCGGGUGUUCUUCAAGAUCCUGCAGCACAUGUCCAGCAGCGUGGCGCCGCUGCCCCAGAGGAGCCUGAGGGUCCGCGUCAGGAACGUUACGCGCAUGGCGGUGGCCAUCUGCUUGGCCUUUUUCAUCUGCUGGGCCCCUUACUACAUCCUGCAGCUGGUCCACUUGGGCGUGCAGAACCCCAGCGUGGCUUUCUCCUACGCCUACAACAUCGCCAUCAGCAUGGGCUACGCCAACAGCUGCAUCAACCCCUUCCUCUACAUCGUCCUCAGCGAGACCUUCAAGAGGCAGUUCCUCCGAGCCGUGCGCCCGACCGACAGGAAGUUCAACGUCAACUCCAGCAGCGCGGAGGCCGGCAGCGUGAGCAUGAGGAUUGUGCCUGAAGGGCCUCACCUGGAGCCGGCACCAAGGGAGAUGCCUUCGAGUGUUGCUCCGCAGUGA